AUGAAGCACCCAACUCUCAUUCUUUCAACGUUCCUCCUCCUCCUCCUCUCAAUCUCUCCUCCGGCCCACGCUGCCGGAGGCAAAUGGCAACUGUUGCAACAAAACAUCGGCAUCUCCGCCAUGCACAUGCAGCUCCUCCACAACGACCGCGUCGUCCUCUUCGACCGCACCAACUUCGGCAAUUCCAACUUGUCAUUUCCCGAUGGUAAAUGCGUCGGAGACGACUGCACCGCCCACUCCGCAGAGUACGACGUCACCACCAACACCUUUCGCCCCCUCACCUUGCUAAGCGACGUCUGGUGCUCCUCUGGCUCCGUUGCCCCCGACGGCCGCCUCAUCCAAACCGGCGGAUUCAUCAACGGCGGGCGCCGCGUCAGGAUCUUCGAGCCCUGCACCGGUUGUGAUUGGAAGGAGAUCGAGAACGGCUUAGCCGCUCGCCGUUGGUACGCCACAGAUCAUAUUCUGCCCGAUGGACGCCAGAUCAUCAUCGGCGGAAGGCGGCAGUUCAACUACGAGUUUUAUCCCAAGAGCGCGUCUACAAACAAAGUCUUCAGUCUGCCGUUCCUCGCGCAGACCAAUGACCCAGACGCCGAAAACAAUCUCUACCCUUUUGUUUUCCUCAACGUGGAUGGCAACUUAUUCAUUUUCGCCAACAAUCGUGCUAUUUUAUUCGACUACGUCAAGAACAACGUCGUUAAAACUUACCCGCAAAUACCCGGAGGCGACCCGAGGUCAUACCCGAGCACGGGCUCAGCUGUGUUGCUGCCAUUAAAAAACUUAACGGCUCGGUCUAUUGAGGCCGAGGUUUUGGUUUGUGGUGGAGCCCCCACAGGGUCUUUUGUCAAGGCAACAAAGGGUACUUUUACGGGAGCUCUAAAUACAUGCGCUCGGAUCAAAAUAACCGACCAGAACCCGCAGUGGGUCUUGGAGACCAUGCCUCAAGCUAGAGUCAUGGGUGACAUGUUAUUGCUUCCGGACGGCACCGUUUUGCUCAUCAAUGGUGCGUCAAAUGGGACAGCGGGUUGGGAACUUGGGCGGAACCCGGUGUUGAACCCUGUUGUUUACCGACCCGAUAAUGCAGCCGGGUCAAGAUUCGAGCAGCAGAACCCGACCACCAUCCCGCGGAUGUACCAUUCGACAGCGGUGUUGCUACGCGAUGGUAGAGUGCUGGUUGGAGGCAGUAACCCUCAUCCUGAUUACGAGUUCACUGACGUGAUUUUCCCAACGGAGUUAAGUGUAGAGGCAUUUAAUCCUGAUUAUCUGGACGUUAAGUACACAAAUGUGCGUCCCAAAAUCGUCUCACCGAAAUCACAAGCUAAGAUCAAUUACGGUAAAAAAUUAACCAUUCGAUUUUCCGUGACGGGAACGCUAGCAACGAAUUCGGUGUCAGUGACGAUGGUGGCACCGUCUUUUACGACACAUUCGUUCUCAAUGAAUCACAGGUCUUUGGUUCUUGCUUCCGAGAACGUAACGAGUGUUGGAAAGUCCGCGUAUGAAGUUGAGGUGACGACGCCCGCUUCGGGAAAUCUUGCGCCUUCAGGAUAUUAUCUUUUGUAUGUGGUUCAUCAGCAAAUUCCAAGUGACGGCAUCUGGAUCCAAAUUAUGUGA